AUGAAGGUCGAUGUGACGUCGACCGCCGUGGGCCCCGGGGCGUCGACGCUGCAGUACCACGCGACCAAGUUUGACAUUUGGGCACUGGGCAUCACGAUGGUGCUGGGCGGACAGCUCUUUUCGUGGAACGCGGGGCUGGUCGCGGGAAUCGUUAGCAACGCGGUUGCUAUCCUUGUGCUCGGUGUCGGGUACGUCUGCCUCGUCUUGUCCAUGGCCGAGAUGACGUCGACGCUGGCUUUCUCGGGCGGCGCGUACGGCCUCACGCGCUGCUCGAUCGGCUUCUACGCUGGCUGGGUCAUUGGCUGCUGCGAAGCGCUCGAGUACAUAGCGUACACGGCGAGUGCGGUCCUCACGCUAAGUGACAUGUUGUACAUUGCCUUUCCGACGCUCCACGCCGACGUGGCCCCCGUGCUGUGGCUCCUGACCUACGGCAUCUGCAACGUACUCUUGGCGUGCAGCGAUCGGGUGUUUUGGCUCGUCAACCGCUUCUUGGCGCUUCUCUCGUUGAUGCUCGUGCUCGUCUACCUCGGGGGUGCCUACUCGCUCAGCGAGUUUUCCCAUCGCGUCACGAGCGAUGCCAACCGGCUUGUCGUCGGCGGCGGCGUCGAGUUCCUUCGCCGCCUCCCGUUUGCUGCGUGGUUCUUUGUCGGCAUUGAAGCGCUUAGCACUGUCUGCAACGUGGUGCCGACGCCCAAGGAGGUCAUUCCUCUAGGCCAAGUGGCGUGCGUGCUCACGCUCUUCGCCCUCGCGGUGCUCGUGUUUACAGCUGCCGUCGGUGUCGCGCCCGACGUGAUGAGCAUAACAACCGACGUGGCCGUGCUUUCGCGGGGCUACGAGCGCAUCCUGCAUCUCUCGCCGGCCGACGCCAUGAUGCUCUCGAUCCCAGCGACCUUUGCAACCAUCUUUGGCUUUGUCCUGGCCUACUCCAACAUCCUCGCGGCCAUGGCGAGCUCGCACCUCUUGCCGGUUGUGCUGACACGGCAGUUGGGAUGGAGCCAUACCCACCCGAUCGCAACGCUACUCGGGUCGCUGCUCGGGUUUGGGAUGUGUUUUCUCGUCCGCGAGUUUGAAACGCUGCGGGACGAGCUCUUCAAUAUCGGCAUGGUGCUUGCGUUCGCGGCAUACGCCGCUCAGUGCGUCGGGUACAUGUACCUCAAGCAGCGCUUUGCCCACCUCCCGCGCGCCUUUCGGAGUCCGCUCGGCGUGUACGGCGCAUUUCUGUCGCUGACGAUUUGGCUCGUCAACAUCGUGUCCGUGCUUGCCUUCCAAGACCACGUUGCGUACAAGCUCCAAGUGCUCGCGGGGUUGCUCCUGCUGCAGAGCAUCUACUACCACAUGUACGCCAAGCACAAGCAGCAAAUGUCCGAGGACGAGCGCAAGGUGCUCUUCUUCGCCCAUGUCGCCAACGCCAACGACGCCAAGCGAAAGAUGAACCGCAAGAGCCGCAGUCGGAUGUCGUCCACGAUCGAGCGCGUCGUGCGACGCAUCGUGGUGUGGCCCCACGCACGCAAUAAAGUUAGCGUCAUUGCUCCGUCGACAAGACCCAGCAUCAACACGAUGCCCUGCAAAAAUGGACACCGGUAGUCUCUUCGUCAAUUAAAAACCAAUCGAUGUAUCGCGAAUAAAUGC